UUGAAAACAACAACAGUUUUCUGCAUUGAAGAAAAGCACAAACAGGAUUCAGAAAAAGUGACUGAAAAGCUGGGAUCAGAGUUUGCCAUGCCCUCGGUGUGUUGACCCACACAUUAAAGAAGGUGGGCUACGCAGUCAGCAAGGUCACCUGUGGAGAUUCAGUCAUGAAAGGUGAACUGCUCCUGCUUUCAAACGCAAUUGUCCUGCUCCAGGUGGUAUGCAGCUGCCCAGACAAGUGCCACUGUCACUUAUCCACACAUUUUGUAGACUGUAGCCAACAGGGUCUGGCUGAAAUCCCUUCUCAUUUACCUCCGCAGACUCAAAUACUGCACUUACAAGAUAACCAGAUAUACCACCUUCCUGCUUUCGCAUUUAGGUCAGUGCCACGGCUCACAACCUUAAACUUGUCUAACAAUUCCCUUUCAAAUCUGGCCCCAGGAGCUUUCCAUGGACUCCAGCACUUGCAGGUUUUAAACCUAGCCCAGAAUUCCCUGCUUUCCCUGGAAAGCAGACUUUUCCAUUCUCUCCCACAGCUGAAGGAGCUUGAUUUGUCAUCAAACAACAUAAGCCAUCUCCCCACAUCCCUAGGCAAGCCUUGGGAGAACCUAACUGUAUUUGCAGUUCAACAAAACCAGCUUCAGCAGCUUGAUAGACCGCUCCUAGAAUCCAUGCCCUGGCUGAGGCUUUUACUUCUCAAGGAAAACCUCUGGAAAUGCAAUUGCCACUUGCUUGGUCUGAAACUCUGGCUGGAGAAAUUUAUCUUUAAAGGGGGAAUAACGGAUGGCGUCAUCUGUGGGUCACCAGACACCUGGAAGGGAAAGGACCUCCUUAAAAUCCCUUAUGAGCUGUACCAGCUCUGCCCUCUUCCUGCUCCUGAUCCAGUGUCCUCACAGGCUCAACGGCCCAGAUCUGCCCACGGGGCGGUCCCAAGGCCUCCUGAAAACCACAGCUCUGGGGAACGAGACCUCUCGGAGUGUGAGCUCAAACCCAAGCCGAAGCCAGCCAACCUGCGUCACGCCUUUGCCACCGUCAUCGUCACUGGGGUUGUGUGUGGGAUUGUGUGUCUCAUGAUGUUGGCGGCUGCCAUCUAUGGCUGCACUUAUGCGGCUAUUGCAGCCCAAUACCAUGGGGGACGCUUGGCUCAAGCCAAUGAGCCUGCAAAGAUGGAAGGGAAGAACUACCAGCCUGAGAGCUUUAAUCUCAAAUAGGAUUGAUCAUGUAGUCCAGAAGAAGUGUCCUGAUUAGGGCUGAUGUGUUCACUGCUACUGUCUCAUUUUGCUUUUUCCAAAA